AAAAAAAGAAGAAGAAGAAGAAGAACAGAAACAGCUACAAACCUGACUUCCGAUCUAUAACUGAAGACAAAGCCUGUACGCAGAGUUCCAGACCAGUACGUCAUGCUACUCACCAACAUUUCCGGACAGGUUAUCAACUGAGAGAUCCAUCACUGUCCCUAAGGUAGAGCUGGGCCCUGUUUCUGGACAGGUGUUUGUGGAAGUAAAGAUGGAGGCCGGAGGGGAGUGCUUUCCUAAACAAAGGCAAGUCCUGAUUCUCUUUCUCGUGUUGGGAGUAGCUUUGGCAGGCUGGGAAUCUCGUCGCUAUUCCGUGAUGGAGGAAACCGAGAGUGGCUCCUUUGUGGCCAAUCUGGCCAAGGACUUGGGGCUGGGAGUGGGGGAGCUAGCAGCACGGGGAGCCCAGGUAGUCUCCGAGGAUAACAAACCCCGCUUGCAGCUUGAUCUGCAGACCGGGGAGUUGAUAUUAAACGAGAAACUGGAUCGGGAGGAGAUGUGUGGCCCCGCAGAUCCUUGUGUAAUGCAUUUCCAAGUGUUGCUGAAAAAACCACUGGGAGUAUUUCGAGCUGAGCUACUGGUGAGAGACAUAAAUGAUCAUUCUCCAGAGUUUCCUGAAAGAGAAAUGACUCUGAAAAUCCUGGAGACUAGCCCUCUGGGGACCAUGUUUCCUCUGAAAAAAGCCCAGGACUUGGACGUGGGCAACAACAACAUCCAAAGUUAUAGUAUCAGUCCGAACUCUCAUUUCCAUGUUUCUACCCGCACCUGGGGGGAUGGUAGGAAAUACCCAGAACUGGUACUAGACAAAGAGCUGGAUCAUGAGGAGCAGGCUGAGCUCCGAUUAACCCUCACAGCACUGGAUGGCGGCUCUCCACCCCGGUCUGGCACUGCUCAGGUUCGCAUCUUGGUACUGGAUGUCAAUGACAAUGCCCCUGAGUUUGCAAAGAUACUCUACCAGGUGCAGGUUCCAGAGAACAGCCCUGUAGGCAUGCUAGUUGUCAAGGUCUCUGCUAGAGAUUUAGACACUGGAACAAAUGGGGAAAUAUCAUACUCCUAUUUUUAUAGUUCCCAAGAGAUAAGCACAACUUUUGAGCUAAACAGCCUUUCAGGAGAAGUUCGACUAAUUAAAAAAUUGGAUUUUGAGAUAAUAUCUUCAUAUGAGCUGGAAAUAGAGGCGUCUGAUGGUGGGGGGCUUUCGGGAAGGUGCUCUGUCUCCAUUGAGGUGGUGGAUGUUAACGAUAACCCCCCAGAAAUAACUAUUUCAUCACUCACCAGCCCCAUUCCUGAAAAUUCUCCUGAGACAGAGGUGGCCCUGUUUAGAAUUCGAGACCGAGACACAGGGGACAACGGAAGGAUGACUUGCUCUAUCCAGGAUGAUCUCCCCUUCGUUCUGAAACCAUCAGAAGAGAAUUUCUAUACCCUGGUAACAAAUGGGGCCCUAGACAGGGAGAGCCAGGCCGAGUACAACAUCACCGUCACCGUCACCGACCUGGGGACCCCCAGGCUGAAAACUCAGCACAACCUAACGGUGACGGUGUCCGACGUCAACGACAACGCCCCGACCUUCAGCCAGACGACCUACACCCUGCGCGUCCGCGAGAACAACAGCCCCGCGCUGCACAUCGGCAGCGUGAGCGCCACCGACAGAGACUCGGGCGCCAACGCCCAGGUCACCUACUCGCUGCUGCCGCCUCACGACCCGCAGCUGCCGCUGGGCUCGCUGGUGUCCAUCAACGCGGACAACGGGCAGCUGUUCGCGCUCAGGUCGCUGGAUUUCGAGGCGCUGCAGGCGUUCGAGUUCCGCGUGGGCGCGGCCGACCGCGGCUCGCCGGCGCUCAGCAGCCAGGCGCUGGUGCGCGUGCUGGUGGCGGACGCCAACGACAACGCGCCCUUCGUGCUGUACCCGCUGCAGAACGGCUCGGCGCCCUGCACCGAGCUGGUGCCGCGGGCGGCCGAGGCGGGCUACCUGGGGGCCAAGGUGGUGGCGGUGGACGGCGACUCGGGCCAGAACGCCUGGCUGUCGUACCAGCUGCUCAAGGCCACGGAGCCCGGGCUGUUCGGCGUGUGGGCGCACAACGGCGAGGUGCGCACGGCGCGGCCGCUGAGCGAGCGCGACGCCGUCAAGCACAGGCUGCUGGUGCUGGUCCGGGACCACGGCGAGCCGCCGCUGUCGGCCAGCGUCACGCUGCACGUGCUGCUGGUGGACGGCUUCUCGCAGCCCUACCUGCCGCUGCCGGACGCGGCGGCGGCCGAGGCCCGCGCCGACCCGCUCACCGUCUACCUGGUGGUGGCCUUGGCGUCCGUGUCGUCGCUCUUCCUGUUCUCGGUGCUGGUGUUCGUGGCGGUGCGGCUGUGCAGGAGGAGCCGGGCGGCGUCGGGGGCCGGCUGCUUGGUGCCCGAGGGCCCGUUUCCGGGCCACCUGGUGGACGUCAGCGGCGCGGGGACCCUGUCUCACAGCUACCAGUAUGAGGUGUGUCUGACGGAAGGAUCUGGGACCAAUGAGUUCAAAUUCUUGAAGCCUAUCUUCCCCAAAUUGAACCAAGACCUUAGGAGUAAGUCAGAGCCAAAUCCAACCUUCCGGAAUAGCUUAGGUAUCUGAAACUUUCCUGUUCACUUUCUGUUAGUUUUGUCUCCUUCGCCUUUCUGUUUCAUUUUUUAAUCCAGUAGUAAUUUUAAUUGUACUUUCACCCUCUUUUUUCCAUAGUAAAUUUACUCUUUGUUUUGUUGGCCUGAUCAAUCCUGUGAUUAUUUUUCCAGGUAUUGUAUUAUUAGUAGACAUUCUAUAUCAGGAAAUUAAUAUCUCUGUUUAAAAAUUUUUAUACUCAUUCCUAAAGGAUAAUAUGAAAAUUAACCUCUCAGAAUAUACAAUUCUGAUUUUCAAAGUAUUUUACUAACUAUAUGACAGUACUUAAGAACGUCCAAUUCCUGGGGUGCCUGGAUGGCUCAGUUGGUUAAGCAUCUGACUUUUGAUCUCACCUCAGGCCUUGAUCUCAGGGUCAUGAGCUCAAACCCUGUCUUGGGCUCCAUGCUGGGAAUGGAGCCUACUUUAAAAAAAAAAAGAGGAAUGUCUUAAUCUUUGUUUACAUACUUCAUUUUUAAAUUACUGGAAGGCUUUUAGGUUUUAUUAGUAACAGCUAUGACUUUUGCAUAACCCCUGAUGUGUUUGGGGUGGAAUCAAUUUGUAUUUACCCAUGUCCAGUUUUUCCAAGCUCUUUUUGGGUGGAUUUUUGUUUUACAAAUAGACAGCAAUGUGUAUGUUUCCAUGCUACUUAUUUCAAAAAGUCACAGUUGUAAGCAUUAGAUUUUCCCUAUGAAAUACAUAUGUCACAUCAUGAAAAUCUUUAUCAUGCCUUCUUUCUGAGAAAUUCAUGUUGAAAAAAACAUUUGGGUUCUAACAUUUAACUUAUGAUCCUGAUAAAAGUCCUAGACAUAUUUACUGAUGCUCAGGUUGUGUUUAAGGUGUAUCUGUAUACUCUAAUGGCUCUAGUGCCAGGUAGGGCAUUGCUUGCAAUUAUCUGCUAUGAUUGCAGAGUAAUUCUCAUGUGACUUCCAAAUUCUGGGCCAAGAGGAGCUUUUGAUGGCACAACAUGCCAAUAUCUACUUGCCUUUGGAUGAUGACAUUGUACUUGUUGUUAAGGGAUUUGAAAGAAAAUACAUUACAUGAUUAAUAUUAGUUAACCCAGGAAAACUUACUAAAUAAUACAUUGGUGGGGGUGUUGAAUGAUUUAAAGAAAUAAUCAACUGUGUUGUCAGGACUCCUCUAGCUCCAGGAAGCCUCCUAAUUUUGCAGAUGCUAUAGAAUGGUGUGGUAGGCAGAAUAAUAGCUCCAUAAAGACCUCUACAUCCUAAUUCCUGGAACUUAUAAAAUGUUAAGCUUUAUUGUAAAGGGGAAUUAAGGUUCAGAUGGAAUUAAGGUUGUUAAUUAGUUAACCUGUAAAUAAGGAGAAUAUCACAGAUGCUCCGUGUGGGCCUGAUUGAUCAGCUGAAAGCCCUUAAGAGCAGAGCAGAUCUGAGUCUUCCCUGAGAUGCAGAGGAAAUUGUGCCUGUGGGCAGGGGCUUCAGCUUGUGUCCCAAUGUUCCAGCCAGCCCUUUAAUUGCGGGUCCUACAGAUAUUGGACUUGCCUAGCCAUCUCCCACAAUUGAGUAAGUCACUUUCUUGCAAAAAAUCUCUCAUUACAUAUCUCCUGCUGAUUCUGUUUUCCUGGUUGAACCCCCAAAUGAUACAGAUUUUGGUACAUGGAAGUGGAGUACUGCUGUAACAAAUUACUAAAAUCAUAGAAGUUGUUUUGGAACUGGAAGGUAGGUAGAAGCUGGAAGAAGUUUGAAAAGCAUAAUGGAAAAAGCCUACAUUGCUUUGGAUAGUUUAACAACUCUGCUAUCAAAGUCUCAGAAGGAGAAUGAUGGAGAAAACAUGUGUUGCCAUAUAGAAUACCUAAGUCAGGGUGCCUGGUUAAGUAGGUUAAGUGUCUGACUCUUGAUUUUUGGCUCAGGUCAUGACCUCAGGGUCGUGAGAUCAAGCCCUACAUCUGGCUCCAUGCUGAAUUUGGAGCCUACUUAAGAUUCUGUCUCUCUCUUUUCCUCUGCCUCCUCCCCUCACUUUCCAGUGCUGGCACUCUCUCCCCACCCUUCCUCCCACCCUUUCUCUCUCUCAAAAAAAAAAAAAAACCUAAAUCAUUGUAAAGAUAAUGAUGAUAGAAAUAUGGAUGUUAACAUCACUGAUGGUGAGGGAUCAGACAGAAAUGAGGUCCAGCCCAGUUUCUUCUUGUUGCUUAUAAUGUGAGAAGAAUGAGAUGGAUGGAGGGAAGAACUGUUAAGCUUUUAAAAGGGACUAGAACUUGGUAAUGUGGUAAAUUCUAAGACUAAUCAGAUUGUACACGGGGCUCAAAUUAGGAAAGUAUAUUCUAGAUAAAAAGCCAAG